UCAGAUUUCUUUUGGCGCAAUCAUCUAAUGUGUCUAGGUCCCUCUGUAUCCUAACCCUACCCUCCAGGGUAUCUACCACUCCUUCCAGUUUAGUGUCAAAAAGAAGCCAAAAAUCAAGCUAAUCCCAUUUCAAAACAAGGCCAAAACAAACCAGUCCCCAAGAAUCCCAACGCUCUAUGUGAAUAGAUCCCCCUGGCAUGCAGUCUGGGACUGUGGUGGGCCUGUUGUGCACCUCUGACUCUCUCCCCCCCUUGCCCCUGCUUGCCCCUUGCCCCUGCUUCCCAAGAGUCGAUAAAAAAAAGAAGCAACAAGCUACAACAAGCAACAAGCUACAAGCCAAAAACUAGCCAGCAAGCAACUCACAAGCCAAUUAAGCCAAAAACAAGCCCAAUUUCUGCUUUUUUUUCUCGUGGGUUUCGCAUGUCUGCCCAGGUAGGAGCCAGUAGAUAUCCUCCCACAUCUUAAUACUUAUCAGUAACUUGACAUCAUCCCACACUAUCUUUGUUCGUAGUGUUGUUGUUGCUGUGUUGGUCGCAGGAUAUUAGAGAGACAGCCCCCCAGCCUGAAGCAAAUACUCACCAGCACCCACACACCACACAACAAAAACAUUAACCCAAGAACUAUCCUUGCAACAAAGCCCGUUGCCAACUCUGUCCACAUAUCUAUUCAAGGGACACCAUCAUAGGACCUAAUCACAUCAGCCACACUAUCAGAGGCUCAUUCACCUGCACAUCUACCAAUGUGCUGUAUGCCAUUAUGUGCCAGCAAUGCCCCUCUGCCAUGUACAUUGGCCAAACCAGACAGUCUCUACGCAAAAGAAUAAAUGGACGCAAAUCAGAUGUCAAGAAUUAUAACAUUCAAAAACCAGUUGGAGAACACUUCAACCUCCCUGGUCACUCAGUUUCAGACCUAAAAGUCACAAUUAUUCAACAAAAAAACUUCCAAACCAGACUCCAACGAGAAACUGCAGAACUGUAUUUAAUUUGCAAACUGGACACCAUUAAAUUAGGCUUGAAUAAAGACUGGGAGUGGAUGAGUCAUUACAUAAACUAAAAACUAUUUCCCCAUGCUAAUUUUCCUCCUACUGUUACUCACACCUUCUUGUCAACUGUUUGAAAUGGGUCAUCCUGAUUAUCACUACAAACAUUUUCUUUUCUCCUGCUGAUAAUAGCCCACCUUAAUUGAUUACUCUCGUUAGAGCUGGUACGGAAACCCCCAUUUUUUCAUGUUCUCUGUGUCUCUCUCUCUAUAUAUAUCUUCCUACAGUAUUUUCCACUGCCUGUAUCCAAUGAAGUGGGUUUUAGCCCACGAAAGCUUAUGCUCAAAUAAAUUUGUUAGGGGUUGGCUACACUUGUGAGUUAUAGCACAUUAAAGGAGCCCUGGGCACACUAGCUCACUACCCAUCCACACUGGCAAGGCACGUAGAGCGCUCUGACUCUGCAGCUGGUCCGCUCCUGGUACUCCACCUCGGCGAGUGGAAUAACGUUUGCUGCGCCCCCACUGGAGCGCUGCGGCACCACUGUGGACACCCUGGUCUGUUACUGAGCUCUUAUCGGCCUCCAGAAGUGCCCCCAAAUGCCUCUUCUAGCCACUCUGGUCAUCACUUUGAACUCUACUGCCCUGUCCUCAGGUGACUAACCGUCAGACCCCACCUUUAAAUUCUCUGGGAAUUUCGAAAAUCCCCUUCCUGUUCGCUCAACCAGGCGUGGAGUGCUCUCAGCAAAACGUUCCAGGUGACCAUGCCUCCAUGCACCAGGCGAUCCCCAGUAUGGAGCAAUGGUGAGGUGCUUGACCUCAUCAGCGUUUGGGGGGAGGAAGCUGUCCAGUCACAGCUGCGCACCAGCCAUAGGAAUUACCAUACCUUCGGGCAGAUAUCAAGGGACAUGCUGGAAAGGGGCCAUGACCGGGACGCACUGCAGUGCAGGAUUAAAGUGAAGGUGCUGCGGAAUGCCUACCGCAAAGCCUGCGAGGCAAACAGCCACUCUGGUGCUGCCCCUGUGACCUGCUGUUUCUACACAGAGCUGGACAGAAUACUUGGGGGCAACCCCACCUCCACUCCGAGUACCACCAUGGACACUUCAGAGCCCAGUUCAACAAGGCAGGAGGAGGAGCAAAGUGGGAGCGAGGGUACUCCGGCGGAGGAAGACACCCUGGAAUCCCUAGAUGCAUGCAGCCAGGAGCUGUUCUCAAACCAGGAGGAAGGUAGCCAGUCGUGGCAGCUGGUGCCUCGGAAAGGACAAAUACCAGAGGAGGUUCCCGAUGCAACCUUGAGAUCUCAGCUGUCCGUGUUAUCACCGGCCGAAAGACUCCAAAGAAUCAGAAAGAUGCCACGUAGAAGCAAGAAAGACAUGUUGCAUGAAGUAAUGCAGCAUGCAAGUAAUGAAAAUCGAAAAGUGCAGGAGUGGCGAGACAGUGAAAGGAGGAUCUGCCAGCAGAAUGAGGAGCUCAGGCACAAAAGCGCGGUGCUCCAACAGCAAAGCACGGAGCGGCUGAUAGGCAUAAUGGAGCGCCAAGCGGACUUGAUCCAGGUGCUCGUCGCCAUGUAGGCAGAGCACUACUGUGUCCGACCCCCCCGUAGCCCUUGUCCCAAAACUCUUUCCCUUGUGCCCCCAUAUCACCUCCAACCCAUUUUCCCCAACAUCCAGGUUCUUACCACCACCAGCUGCCUCCAACACCUGUAGCUUCACCACCCAGCCCUGAAAACUACAACCCUUACCCACUGCAGUCAACCCCCAUCACCAUGCAGUAUAGCCAUCCUGAAGUGCAGCACUCAUUGCACAGCACUCCAGACAGGAAGGCUGACUAUGAUAACAGGACAUAGGCAAAUCUGUGAUUGUACCGUUCCCCACCCCACUCCCUUGCCCUUUCUGUUU